AUGGACAAGUCAUACUUGAGUGAGCUCACAGCUGCUGAACAACAGUCAAAUGAAAUCAUAAGAGCAGUCCAGGAAGCUAGAGAAAGAAGACUGAAAGAAGCCAAGUUUGAUGCUGAACAAGAACUGGGAAAAAUGAAAAAGGAUUUGGAAGCUGAAUAUAAUGCGGCCAUUGAAGCUGCGAAUAAAGGACUGGGAAAUGAUAUGAGUGGCAUGCAGAAAGAGUUUAAGGACAAAGCAACUGCUGUUGAAAGAGAGUUCCAAUCAAAUAAACAAAGAGGGAUUGAUUUCUUGCUAGAAAGAGUUUAUGAUGUUAGAAUUGAAAUCCCAGCUGUUGUCAAAGGAGAGUUUAAUUAA